AUGGCGGUGAGGCAGAGAGCGGCGGCGCUACCUACGCUAAUGCGGGCGCUUCGGAAAGAGGCGCCGCCCAGGCACCAUAUUGCGUUGCCUUCGCUUAGAAGAGCUUUCUCUCUCUACGAUCAGAUCAAUAUUAUCACUGAAGUCCCUGAAGACCAGCUCCGUUUCAAAGAGUUUGAUGACACUGGGUUCAAAGUAAAUGGAGUUAGGUAUGAAGGUAGCAUACUUUGCGUAGGGAAUUUAUUGAUGUCUUGGACGCCCAAAAAAUUCUCGGAUAUCACUCCUGAAAGCUUGUCUAUUUUUAAGACUGUGCGGCCCAUACCAGGUAAGAAGUCUAAUUAUAUUGGCAGCCAACCUCUUAUUUGA